UGUGGUGUACUGGAGGAUUAUUGUUGCAGUGGGGGCUGGAUCUGUUGGCUGGAAGUGAAAAGCGCUGGGUUCAGCAGCCUGCCAUGCUGUGUGAAUGGAGCAGGAGACAGAGUUCCAGCUCCGAUCAUUGUCCUCGUUAAUCAGGGAACUGCGUGUGUGAGCACAGCCUUUCACUGUGCGUUUGUGUGUGUGCGUGCAUGUGUGUGUGUGUUUGCGCGCGCGAGUGUGUUUACUUGUUUCUGCGUUUGAGAGAAUCUUCGGCGGCAAGCAAGGAUCGCGUUCCCGCAUGUCCUCCAAAGAGCCUAGAUCACUGCGGCUCUGACGCAUACGCUGCUACCGCUGCAGUUACACUGAGGAAUUCCCUGCUCGUCAGUACGUCGUGUGUGUGUGUGUGUGUGUGUGUGUGUGUGAGUAAGAGACGAGGCACCGCGUCGCUUUGGAUCUUGGUUACAGUUACGGAGGAAGGCUUGGUCACCGUUUGAACCGGAAGGUUCUUCCUGUAUGAAGGGACUGGAUUUAAACAGGGAGGUUUUCGCGUGCUGGUCUCUGUGCCCGGGGGGCUUUGUAGUUCAAAAGCAUCCAUGAGGUCGGAGCGAAUGAGCCGAGUGUGCAUCGUCGUGCUGGAGGAGGUGGACGACGAUGAACCCUCUCCCCUGCAUUCUAAAAUCAGACAGGACCACGUUUCCCAGAAUUCAACACCUGACACAAACACUCAGGAAGACAAGCCCUCACUGUUGAAAGCUAUAUUUAAUGUGGAUCCUGAUGAAGUUCGUUCCCUCAUAUUUAAGAAAGAAGAUGUCAAUGUACAGGAUAAUGAAAAGAGGACUCCCCUGCAUGCCGCCGCCUACUUGGGUGAUGCCGAGAUCAUUGAGCUGCUGAUUUUGUCAGGAGCUAGAGUAAAUGCCAAAGACAAUAAGUGGUUGACCCCUCUCCACCGGGCCGUGGCGUCAUGCAGCGAGGAUGCGGUUCAGGUGCUGCUGAAGCACUCUGCCGACGUGAACGCGCGGGAUAAGAACUGGCAGACGCCCCUGCACAUUGCUGCGGCCAAUAAAGCCGUGCGCUGUGCCGAGGCGCUCGUCCCUCUGCUUAGCAACGUCAACGUGUCCGACCGGGCCGGACGCACGGCCCUGCACCACGCGGCCUUCAGCGGACACGUGGAGAUGGUGAAACUGCUGCUGUCCAGAGGGGCAAACAUCAAUGCUUUUGAUAAGAAGGACAGAAGAGCAAUCCACUGGGCUGCUUAUAUGGGUCACAUGGAGGUGGUUAAGCUGCUGGUGUCCCAUGGUGCAGAGGUGACAUGUAAGGAUAAGAAGGCAUACACACCCCUCCACGCAGCAGCAUCCAGUGGAAUGAUAAGCGUGGUGAAGUACCUGCUGGACCUGGGUGUGGAUAUAAACGAGGCAAACGCGUACGGUAACACGCCGCUGCACGUCGCCUGUUAUAACGGCCAGGAUGUGGUGGUGAAUGAGCUCAUAGAGUCAGGUGCCAACGUCAACCAGGUGAACGAGAGGGGCUUUUCGCCGCUGCACUUCACGGCCGCCUCCCGCCAAGGAGCACUGUGCCUAGAGCUAUUAGUGGGAAAUGGAGCUGACGUGAACAUUAAGAGUAAAGAUGGGAAAACCCCUCUACACAUGGCUGCCAUACACGGCAGAUUCUCCCGAUCUCAGGCCGUCAUUCAAAGCGGGGCAGAGAUAGACUGUGAAGAUAAAAACGGAAAUUCGCCACUGCACAUAGCCGCGCGAUACGGACACGAGCUGCUCAUCAACACGCUCAUCACCAACGGAGCCGACACAGCCAAGAGAGGAAUCCAUGGAAUGUUUCCGCUACACCUGGCCGCACUCAGCGGGUUUUCUGACUGCUGCCGGAAACUUCUGUCUUCAGGGUUCGACAUAGACACGCCUGAUGAUUUUGGGAGGACGUGUUUACAUGCAGCAGCGGCAGGCGGGAACCUGGACUGUUUGAAUCUUUUACUCAACACAGGAGCAGAUUUCAAUAGAAAGGACAGAUUUGGGAGGACUCCGCUGCAUUAUGCGGCAGCUAACUGUAAUUAUCAGUGCCUGUUUGCCCUGGUGGGCUCUGGGGCAAGUGUGAAUGACCUGGACAUGAGGGGCUGUACCCCUCUCCACUAUGCAGCUGCCUCUGACACAGAUGGCAAGUGCCUGGAGUAUCUGUUGAGGAACGAUGCUAACCCAGGCAUCCGAGACAAACAGGGCUACAACGCUGUCCACUAUGCCUCAGCCUAUGGGCACCGCCUCUGCCUGGAGCUGAUUGCUAGUGAGACACCGCUGGAUGUGUUGAUGGAGACCUCGGGCUCAGAUAUCUUAAACGAUACAGACGGCCGAGCUCCCAUCAGCCCUCUGCACUUAGCUGCGUAUCAUGGUCACCACCAGGCACUCGAGGUUCUGGUGCAGUCACUGCUGGACUUGGAUGUGAGGACGGCUCAGGGAAACACGCCGCUUGACCUGGCUGCCUUGCAAGGCCACGUGGAGUGUGUGGACGUCCUCAUAAACCAGGGAGCCUCUAUACUGGUGAAGGACUACACACAGAAGAGAACACCCAUUCAUGCUGCAGCCAUGAAUGGACACUCAGAGUGCUUACGCCUGCUCAUCGGUAAUGCUGACCAGCACAUGGCUGUGGACAUUCAAGACGGAAAUGGACAGACACCUUUGAUGCUGUCAGUGCUGAGUGGACACACAGACUGUGUUUACUCCCUGCUCAAUAAGGGCGCCAACGUGGAGGCCAAGGACAAAUGGGGGAGGACGGCUUUACACCGUGGGGCUGUCACAGGAAGUGAGGCAUGUGUGGAGGCUCUGCUACAGCAUGGUGCUAGUCUCCUGGUACGGGACAACAGGGGGCGCACUCCCCUGCACUUGGCAGCUGCCUGUGGCCAUGUCGGAGUGCUGGGGGCACUGUUACAAACGGCCCAGUCUCUGGAAAAGUUCCCUGUUCUCAUGGAUAACCGUGGCUACACCCCACUGCACUGGGCCUGCUACAAUGGUCAUGACACAUGUGUCGAGGUGCUUUUAGAACAUGAAGUAUUCCACAAGAUGGAAGGCAACUCCUUCAGUCCGCUCCACUGUGCUGUUAUUAAUGACAAUGAGGGUGCUGCUGAGAUGUUGAUUGAUGCACUGGGUCCUGCCAUUGUCAACGCUACGGACUCCAAGUCCAGGACCCCUCUCCAUGCUGCAGCUUUCACAGACCAUGUAGAGUGUCUACAGCUGUUGUUGGGACACAAUGCCCAUGUCAACUCAAUCGAUGCUAUGGGGAAAACACCACUCAUGAUGGCUGCUGAGAAUGGCCAGACCAACGCCGUGGAGGUGUUGGUGAGCAGUGCAAAGGCAGACCUUACACUACAAGAUGCCAACAAGAAUACAGCCCUGCAUCUGGCCUGUAGCAAGGGGCAUGAAACCAGUGCCUUGUUGAUUCUGGAGAAGAUUGUGGACCGGAACCUGAUCAACUCUACAAAUGCAGCUCUACAGACACCUUUGCAUGUUGCUGCUCGGAACGGCCUUACAGUGGUGGUGCAGGAGCUGCUGGGAAAAGGUGCCAGUGUCCUUGCCGUGGAUGAGAAUGGUUACACACCAGCCUUGGCUUGCGCUCCAAACAAAGAUGUUGCUGACUGCCUUGCCCUCAUCCUUGCCACCAUGAUGCCGGUUUCCCCUGGAAGUGUUGGUUCGAUACCAGGCCUCACAUUCAACGCCAUUAACCACUAUUCCAGCCCCUCAAAAGCAGUAACCUUCGACCCUUUACCUGUCCUGCGCUCUGAACAUGCCUCCUACUGCAGCUUCAACAGCCUGGGUAGAGAGGACGGCCUGGUUGUGCCCGACGACGAGCUUAACGACUCAGACUCAGAAACCUACUGAGGACACGCCCCUGUCUCCAGUCUGUCUUAAGCUACCAGCCCUGUGGGCAAAAGACGAUGCCCUGUAAUUUGGGUGGUCGUGCCCAGUUUUCCUUCCUUCCUUUGGCCUAAAGGGCCAAUCUCAGGAGCCUUAGAGAUUGAGGGAACUGGAGAAAGCGGAGAGUGAAGAAGGACACUGAUGGCCUACACUACAGCUUUCAUACUGAGCAGCACACCUGUUUGGUUUCUGUCUCUCUAAAAUAACUACAUGUUCAUCUCCUCAUCGCUGGAUUAGGAGCUAAUUCAACACUCUUCAUCCAACUAUGCUCUGUUUCUUUAGGGGGUUUUACAAGCUUACAUAAGAUUGCAAAUCUCUGACUGAAAUUCAGAAGUGACUGACUACUCUGAGACUCCCAUGAACCCCCUCCUCUCUGGUAGUAUGGAGGAAUUGUGGAAAUGAGAGAAGUGGAGGGACCAAGUGCUGCAAAUUAAUUUAGAGAGCUUCUCUUUUUUUUCCAUCUUUAUUUGAGCAUGAUGAGGAUUUCAUUUUUUUAAGCGACAGUUAAUUUAUUGUGAACAAAAAGGAAAAUAGGAAUGGAUGGUAAUAAUGAUCAGAUUCAUUGAGAACUUCCUGCAACAGAAGUCUAUGGUGCAGACUGAGUUUUGUUCUAUUUUCUGUAGGGGUAAACUUUUAAUCUUAAGGCCUCGUUACACAUUUCGUACCUGAUUUUGAGACCAGCCAUCAAGGUGCAGUCAGGGUUUUACUCCUACAACUCUGGUCUAUAAAGAAUCACAGCAUUUCCUGUACUGUAAACUGAGGAGAGAUGUGUGUG